AUGGAGCUGCCGUUCCGACCGGCAGGUCCAUGCUAUGCCGGGGUCCUUCCUCGCCUUAUGGAUCCAUCUGAUUCGCAUGCUGCACGGAUCAACCCAGAACCCCCAGGCGAAGUCGGAGUCCAUCCCCAUGGCCACAUUGCAGCUGCACGGCAGCUGCGUCAUUCACACACGUGUGAGGGGAUCCAUCCCUAUUAUGGGACCUUCAAACCACGAUGGGAUCAGAUGUUGGACCUCAUUCAUCAAUACGAUCAUGAGAUCGGAUUGUUCAUGUCGACUCCCCCAGCACAGGGGUUGGGCCAGAGUCUUUUACAAUACAAGCUCUCAAUUCAUGAGAGAUUGCUCUCUGAGGUCAACAAAGUUAUUGCGCUUGACCCAAGUGUUACACCAGCUCAUGUGUGUUAUGAGCUGCGUGUAUAUCACACCACAGAGCGGGGCAAGGUGCUGGCUGCUCUUGACGAGCUUCAAUAUGAGCGUGGAGGCCCUUUCGCUGAACCGGCGAUACAAAACGCCAUCCGCAUUGAGGUUCCCCGGGAGAGAAAGGAGUAUAGUCGCUCAGGUGGUAACAUCGGGCUCGGUGGCAGAAAUCGCAGCGUUGCCAUUGUUAACCCAGCUACUGGGCGUCCUAUCCAAAUCCUCAAUCAACCGACAGGGCAUAUCGCAAACAACGGCAAUGUGCCUAUCGGACGCAAUGGCCCGUUGACUGACGCUACCAGCCGACUGCCCAGUCUCGCGGGAGUAGAUGGCUCCUACGGAUGGAGCGAUGAUGAUAUCACGUCGUGGAUUUUAUCGAUUGGACCUGCGGAAGAGGAUUGUCCGGCGCAGAUGGAAGGAUGGAAAGAUCUAAGCCAAACAAUCUGGAAAUCGGUGCAUACGGUCUGGAUGGCUCAAUCGCUCCGCAUGGUACAAGUGGGGAUGAACGUGUGUCUGAGAAUAUUGAUCUAUCAAGCAAAGAGGUGGAGGCCUGUGACAGUACGUCAAACGCUCCGUGUCAUGAAGAAGUGGAGCAAUGGGAACGGGUCCCUCAUGAUCCAACCCCCAUCAACUUUGUUGUCCACGAUCCAGGUCUUCAAGAGGAUGCGAACGGUCAGGACAGUUCACGCCAGACCCAGCAAGCGGUUAGAGGCAACUCCGUCAGUCGACACAUCCCCGCUUGGUCCGAACUAUGAUCAAGGAACCAUCCAACAGAAUGAUACAGGCCGAAUCUUCAGGUUAGAUGAUGAGGGUGGUUCAUACGAGAUGCGACGGAUGUUUGGAGAUGAUUCCCUCAGUGCUGAUCAGGACCUUGAUUGCCAACAGAACAUCCAGCCGGAUUAUACCGGCAGCACCGCCCUGCCUGGUUCGGCUGAUGACUCCUCGAACAACUCGGAAACCCCGCUGAUACCUCGAGAAGGCACUCGUCGGCUUACGCCGCAAGCCAAUAUCUGCCCCCGACCUGCUCUACAUGAUAAUGUUCUCGGGGCCAGUGGUUUACGUAUGAUCACAGCAAGUCUGGAGGCCCGUCGAUGUCAGGGUCGAUACCUGCGCCCAGACACGCCCCAUCCCCGCGGGCGCGAGUCUCUAUCGCCCCAUGUGAACUCGAACGUUGAGAUGGACCUAGCAAACUUCUUCGGUUUCCAUUCCCCGGAUAGCCAACAGGGUUCCGGGCCAACGCGUGGUUUCUCGACAUUUAUGAAGUCUAAUGCUCAACAUACUGCUGUAGCAGUAGUGAAUACCAGGAUGAUCAAUGCUGCUGGGCAUCCGCACUGGUGCUGA